CAAGGCUACAGGUGCACUGGAACGCUUUAUCUGCACCAGUACCCAGAGCUGCAAUCAUGGCCAUCUCAGUGCUUCGGAUGACAGUUGUCCUGGGACUGCUUGCCUUGAUCCUGACUUGCCAUGCUGAUGACAAACCAGAUGACAAGUCAGAAGACAAGCCAGAUGACAAGCCAGAUGCCUCAGGCAAAAAACCAGAGCCGGAUAUGCCAACAUUUCUACACCUCUUGGGCACAGAAAUCAUUGAGAAGGCAGUGGCGUUCAUCCUCAGCUCCAUAGAGAGGAACCCGUCUGACUAGCAAUGGCCUCGUCAUCUGGGUGGCUGGCUUCCACAUGCUCUGCACAGUCAACACGGUGUGGUACCUCAACCUGGCUGUGGCUGACUUUACCAUCAUCUUCUUGUUGCCUCUCCAGCUCAUCUUGCUGGCUCUUUGGCCAAUUGCUCUGUAAGUUCAACAGCACCAUGUCUAUUCUUUACUUUCUGUUCAGUGUCUUUCUUUUGAUCCUCAUUUCCAUGAACUGCUGUGUUAUGAUCUUCUGGCCAAUCCAAUCCUGGAACAACUACACACAAGCUAAAGUAGCUCUGGGAACUUUGGGAACAUAGCUUUUGGCAGUCUCCUUCUAUGCACCCUACUUAAUCUUCAAGGAAAUAGUUAUGGUGGGUCACCUAUUGCUUCAAACAAUGUGACCUUUGAAAGAAAACUCAAGGAAGUCAUUGACUGUUGAAGGAAAUAAUUAUUCUGCAGUAACAAAAGCUGAUCUCUAGCCAUUUUGUCUUUGGCUUCAUUCUGGCUCUGGCCAUUAUCACCUGCUGCUAUAUCCUUGUAACCUUGAAGUUAAAACAAAGCCAGCUGGCCAGGUUCAGCUGACCUUUGCAGGUCCUUGCAACCACAGUGAUUGCCUUCUUCCUCUGCUGUUGUCUUUACAAGUGUCCCUGUGUGGCUGGACUUUGCCUCCUAUCAAGAGAACAGAAAGGACCUACACCAGGUGGCCUUAGUUAUAGACCCCUUCAUAUCAGCUAUGGCCUUUAUCAACAGCUGCCUCAACUUGGUUCUCUAUUCCUUCAUUGGGCAUGAUUUCUAGGAGCACUUGUUUCACUCCCUGUCAGCUACCAUGGUAAUUGUGGCCACUACCCCUUCCAUCUCAUACAAGUGGAAGAGGGAUUAUGUCCCAUUUUUGUCCCAAACAAUAAAUAAAUGGACAGUGGGAGUCUUCUAUUUCUACAGGAAACACAAAACUGAUCAGAACAACAACAAAAAAUACUGAGAGUCAUCAGUAUAAAGAUUUAUCCAGUAUAUCCAUAUAGGAUCAGGCUACUAGGCUCCAAAUUUCAUUUUAUGGCUAUUUGCCAAAGUCUGAUACUGGUUCCUAAAUAACUUUUGUUUGAAGAGGGUAUGGAGGGGAAUUUAACAAGCAAGUAAUAGUCUGCAAGACUAAAUCAAUAGCCCUUUCCUGCUUAACAUUUAUGACAUACACAGUGUAACAGAUUAUGUAUGUAAUAAUAUAGUAUACAUAUUCUGUUAUCUGGGUUAUAAAGAAUAAAG